AUGACUUCUUUCUUAUCUGAUAGCGAUGAUGAUUCGGCAGCAAUUCUUCCACCACUUCAUCAAGAAAUAUACGAAGAAUUAUGUUCUGGUGAUGAAGUGACUGAAGAACCAGUAUCUUCUGGUUUCAUUGGCGUUCCAUCAGUGAUUUCAGAAGAUCAACCUUUAUUUACAGUUAUAGACUAUUUCAUACGUCAAAUAUAUAACUAUUAUACAGAAAUUUUCGUUAGAUUAUGGCCUGGAUUAGGACAUUCAGAAAGAUACGUUCAUUUGAGAGGUCAGUGGGCAACUUCAUCAAUUUCCAUUGCAGAUCCAUGUUUUAUUGUUGGAAAAUGGGAAUUAGGCGAUGAUCCUGUUGGAAAUGUUUAUCAAAACAAAUAUUAUACAAUUAUCGACGAUGCCAAUGGAUUUUUCAUAUCACUACCACAUGUACUCAUUUCAGGUACAGAAAUGGCUACUGCACAAAGAUGCAGAAGGCAAACUUACAUUAAUUCUGUUUGCCCUGAAAGAAUUUCAAAUAUGGACAUGUUCAGAGGUUCUAUAUGUCACAUUCUAUUACAAAGGGUCUUCUUUGGCCUUAGAAAUCAAGAUAUUGACCAUACAUUAGAUCAAUUACUUGAAAGCUCCAAAUACGAACUAUUUCUAAUGGAAGAAACAAAAGAAUCCGCAAAGAGUACAAUCAUACCAUACCUCGAAACAAUCAGACUUAUUGCAGAUGCCAUAGAAACUAAUUCAAACAAAUUUACUUUAGAUCACAGACUUUUCAACGGCAUCGCCACUCCAAUCGAAGCAUUACCACCAUACGGCGCCAAGACAGUUCAAGAAGAAGAGAACAUUUGGUCAUUUCAAUGGGGAUUAAAAGGAAAAAUCGAUGCCACAAUGGAAAAGGAAGGAAUCAUGUUCCCAUUCGAAUUAAAGACAGGUAGUUCAUAUAAUGGCCAAGUCAAAGAUGACAACGUCCUCCAAUUAUCAUCUUAUAUUUUUAUGUUGAAAGAAAGAUACAAAACACAAUCAGCUCCAUGCGGCCUUUUAUUCUACAUGAAGGAUAAAAGCAGUUUCAUCAUCAAACCACGUAGAUCUGAGCUUUUAUCCAUCGUAAUGAGUCGAAAUUUAAUUGCUCACUCCCUUGCACACGGAUCAAUCCCUCCGACAGCCGGAUCCUCACAUAUCUGCAAGUACUGCCCAGGACAGAAGAUUUGCGCGUUCUUGGAAUACGAUAACGAUUGUCCUGUCAAAAGUUUUUUGAAUGGAAAAUUAUCGUAUACACCAAAUCUUCGACAUCGAGAGUUUUAUAACGAAUGGGACCGUCUUCUUGUCAACGAGAUGCUUAACUCACUAGAUUUGCAAACACAGAUCUGGACAAGCCCAGUUCAAAAGAGAAUUUCCUCUGGAAGAGCUUUGAAUAAUUUACAUACAAAUAACGGAAAAAGUCCAAUUGUCACUUUUUACCUUAAUUCCGGUACUAUUGAGAAAACACAGAUCUGCGUUAGCAACAUAGUGUUAAUCACAAAAAACGGAAUUCCUCCUGUUAUUGCACGCGGAAAUGUUUCAGCAAUUGAAGGAAACCAAAUUACAAUAGAAAUGAUCCAAUCAACGAUGAAUGAAGAAGAACAAGACAUUUGUUUGGAUCUAUGGGAAAGUUACAAUACUGUUACACGAUGCAGAAGAAAUUUAAUGAUUAUGUUGACAGAAGAUAACCAAUGUUGUGAAAAUCUUCGAAAUUUCAUCAUUGAAAACAAAUCUCCAGUUUUCACAUCACUUCCUAAACAAACAAACAUUUCACAGGAGAAUGAAUUGAACCAUGAUCAAAUGCACGCAAUCAAGAUGGCCCUUCGUGCACAGGAUUACAUGCUGUUGCUAGGAAUGCCAGGAACAGGAAAAACAACAACAUUGGCACUUUUAGUUGAAUCAUUUGAGAAAAACAACCAAACAGUUUUGAUUUGUUCAUAUACACAUGCAGCUGUUGACAAUCUUUGCAGUAAAUUAAUCGAUCGAGGUGUCAAUUUCGUCAGAAUCGGAAGAUUAGAAUCUAUUUCUGAAAAAGUUAGAUCUCAUUGUUUAGAUUCUAUUAUUGAAUCAUGCGAAAACACAGAACAACUUCAUUUAUCAUUGAGUGGUGUUAAAGUUUUCGCAUGCACAUGUUAUGCGUUUAAUCAUCCUUUCAUUCUCGAAAAGUUCUUUGAUGUCUGUGUCAUUGAUGAAGCAUCACAAAUCUCAAUGCCAGUUGUUGUUGGUCCAUUGACUAAAUGCAACAGAUUUAUUUUAGUUGGUGAUCAUUACCAACUUCCUCCAAUAUCAAAGAAUGAAGGUGAAGUACCUAUAUCACUCUUCAAGAUGCUUUCCGAGAAAAACACACACGCGAUUGUGACAUUGAGAACUCAGUAUCGAAUGAAUAAUGAAAUCAUGCAACUUUGCAAUGAACUUAUUUAUUCUAAUAGGAUGAGAAGUGGAUUCAGUUCAAGUGCAAAGAAUAAGAUAUAUUUCCCUAAUAUAUCAAUAUUGAACGAGUUCUCCGAAUACUCAAAAGAAUGGAUAUCAAGGAUAUUGAAACCAGAUCCAAGUGUUUUGUUUGUUGAUACAGAUUCUGUUCCUAUGCGAGAAGGAAAGAAUAUGUCAUCUAAAAACAAUGUUGGAGAAGGCUCUGUUGUUUCUAUGAUUGUUUCUGCAAUGAUACUUGCAGGAAUAAGUACAGAAUCGAUCGGUGUCAUCACUCCUUACAGAGCACAAGUUAUAUUCAUAAGGAAAGCUCUUCAAGCACAGAUUUCUUGUUGUUCUAAAUAUUUCCCACACAUGGCAGGAAAUCCAAGUGAAAUUGCAAGCUCGAUUGAAGUUGACACAGUUGAUAAAUACCAAGGACGAGACAAGGAAUGUAUCAUUAUAUCAACUGUUAAAUCGAAUGAGAAGAAAUCUCCUGGAGCACAUGCUUCUGACUGGCAGAGAAUGAAUGUUGCAAUCACAAGAGCGAAAACUAAGUUGAUUUUCGUUGGCUCGAGAUCUACUUUGGAAAACUCUCCUUUCUUUGAACACUUGUUUGAUUUGUUGUCUGAUAACAACUUCUUCAGUUUGCCUCUCUCAGUAAAUGAAGGCGAGUCAAAGCCAUUUAGGAGUAUCGAUUCUUCACAAUCAUUGAGUAACAUUGAUACUCAAGACUAUUAA